CGGCGCGCAGAGCCCGCGGCGCCGGGCCCGGCCCGGCCCUCGGCGGCGCCGCCCGCAGGGCGCAUCGAGACUAAUCGUCAGCCUUAAUAAGGAUUGAUUGUGGACUACUUGUCGCCGUCGUCCUGGUUUGAUAGUAAUUGGAAAAGCCUUGACCGUCGUGUUGGGGAGGUGAAAAAUUGAAUGAGCGUCCCCGUUAAGGAGGCCCUGCUAGAAGAACCCUUAUGGGAUCCUAAUGACAUGCGGGUGGAUGAUUUGCUUGUGGUAAUUAAGGUCAACAUGGAUUUGUGGGUCUUCGUCCUUUUGCUCGGAAGCGGCUUCGCAAGCGUAGGUGCUAACAAUGUUACGACAGAGCCACCCACGACCGUGCUCACUUCCCCCGGGAGUCCCGUCAAAGCCACCACAGCAAGUCCGGAGAGCAGGACGCCGGCUAGCGUGACCAGCCCCAACAGCAGCUCCCCAGUGACUGGUUCCACCAUAGGGUCGCAGCCGCCCACCACGGCAGCGACUAGGUCCUUGCCGACCACCACCGUGGUGGGUGUCAACACCUCCACCCUUGGGACAACCUUGCCUGUGCCUCCGGCCACCUCCGCUCUCCCCAGCGCGACACCGUCUGUCCCCAAUGCCGCUCUGCCAGGCACAGAAGAGCAGUGGACAGAGAGGAAUUUCAGCAUGACGGUAACAACUCAAGAGACCUCUUCUGCUUCUCACAAUGGUAACUCUGACAGAAGAGAUGAGACGCCAAUUAUAGCUGUAAUGGUGGCCCUGUCCUCCCUUCUAGUCAUAGUAUUUAUUAUUAUUGUGCUGUAUAUGUUAAGGUUCAAGAAGUACAAGCAAGCAGGGAGCCACUCUAACUCCUUCCGCCUGUCCAACGGCCGGACGGAUGACGCAGAGCCCCAGAGCAUGCCGCUGCUCGCCAGGUCGCCCAGCACCAACCGCAAAUACCCGCCGCUGCCCGUCGAGAAGCUGGAAGAGGAGAUCAACCGGCGGAUGGCGGACGACAACAAACUCUUCCGGGAAGAGUUCAACGCUCUCCCAGCAUGCCCCAUCCAGGCCACAUGCGAAGCUGCUUCCAAGGAGGAGAACAAGGAGAAGAACCGCUACGUGAACAUCUUGCCCUACGAUCAUUCCAGAGUUCAUCUGACGCCUGUGGAAGGGGUUCCCGACUCUGACUACAUUAACGCCUCCUUCAUUAAUGGGUACCAAGAGAAAAACAAGUUCAUUGCUGCACAAGGACCAAAAGAAGAAACGGUGAAUGAUUUCUGGAGAAUGAUUUGGGAGCAAAACACAGCCACAAUUGUCAUGGUGACCAACCUCAAAGAGAGGAAGGAGUGUAAGUGUGCACAGUACUGGCCAGAUCAGGGCUGCUGGACAUACGGAAAUAUCCGGGUUUCUGUGGAAGAUGUGACCGUCUUGGUUGAUUACACGGUGCGGAAAUUCUGCAUUCAGCAGGUAGGGGACGUGACAAACAAGAAGCCACAGCGCCUAGUGACUCAGUUCCACUUCACCAGCUGGCCUGACUUUGGGGUCCCCUUCACCCCUAUUGGCAUGCUGAAGUUCCUGAAGAAGGUGAAGACGUGUAACCCCCAAUAUGCAGGAGCAAUAGUGGUGCACUGCAGCGCCGGGGUAGGACGCACAGGCACUUUUAUAGUCAUCGACGCCAUGCUGGACAUGAUGCAUGCCGAGAGGAAGGUGGAUGUUUACGGCUUCGUGAGCCGGAUCCGGGCUCAGCGCUGCCAGAUGGUACAGACAGAUAUGCAGUAUGUGUUUAUAUACCAAGCACUUCUGGAGCACUAUCUCUACGGUGACACAGAGCUGGAAGUGACUUCGUUAGAAAUCCACCUCCAGAAAAUCUACAACAAAGUGCCAGGGACCAGCAGUAACGGGCUGGAAGAGGAGUUCAAGAAACUAACUUCAAUCAAAAUUCAGAAUGACAAGAUGAGAACGGGCAACUUGCCAGCAAACAUGAAGAAAAACAGGGUGCUUCAGAUAAUUCCAUAUGAAUUCAACCGAGUAAUCAUUCCAGUGAAGAGAGGUGAAGAGAACACAGACUAUGUAAAUGCUUCCUUCAUUGAUGGUUAUCGCCAGAAGGACUCCUACAUUGCCAGCCAGGGACCGCUUCAGCACACGAUAGAGGACUUCUGGAGGAUGAUCUGGGAGUGGAAAUCCUGCUCCAUAGUCAUGUUAACAGAGCUGGAGGAGAGGGGCCAGGAGAAGUGUGCCCAGUACUGGCCUUCUGAUGGCUCAGUGUCCUAUGGAGACAUCACCGUAGAGCUGAAAAAGGAGGAGGAGUGUGAGAGCUACACAGUGCGGGACCUGCUGGUAACGAACACCAGGGAAAACAAGAGCCGCCAGAUUCGGCAGUUUCAUUUCCAUGGCUGGCCAGAAGUCGGGAUCCCCAGUGACGGGAAAGGGAUGAUCAACAUCAUCGCGGCCGUGCAGAAGCAGCAGCAGCAGUCUGGCAACCACCCCAUCACUGUGCACUGCAGUGCUGGAGCAGGAAGGACAGGAACCUUCUGCGCGCUGAGCACUGUCCUGGAGAGGGUGAAAGCAGAAGGGAUUCUCGAUGUCUUUCAGACGGUGAAGAGUUUAAGAUUGCAGAGGCCGCAUAUGGUGCAGACACUGGAGCAGUACGAGUUCUGCUACAAGGUGGUGCAGGAGUACAUCGACGCCUUCUCGGACUACGCCAACUUCAAGUGAAAAGGGAAGAGAAAAAGAGACAGCGACGGCAAAAGAAACAAGUGACAGAAGAGUUGCCUUCUUUAAUAUUUUGUAAUAUUCGGUUUGUUAAUAUACCCCCCCAAAAUAUGUGUAUAUAUCUUAACUGUUUUAGAGGUUGGUACCAUAAGCUUCAUAUUAGCUGGAGAUUUUAUAUGUAGCAAAGUGUUAGUGCAGAUACUGUUGGCUCCUUUUUUUCCAAUGUUUUAUUGGGGAAUUAAAUAGCGUGAUGUUUGGAUUAA